AUGCCGGGACGCAAGAGCAACGUGUCGACCACGUCAAAUGGCCCGGAGGAGGUAGCGGAGACAACGCCUGCGCGGCAGCCCAAGGAGAAGGACGGUCUGAGUGUUGAGGAUUUGAGCCUACCGAAGUCCAUGAUACAGCGAAUCGCCAAGGGCAACCUCCCAGCCAACACGCAAAUACACAAGGACGCGCUAUUAGCGCUGCACAAGAGCGCAACUGUCUUUGUGAGCUAUCUCGCAGCCAACUCGAACGACAAUGCACAAGCCAGUGGCAAGAAGACAAUCUCACCCCAGGACGUCAUGGCUGCGCUCAAAGAUGCUGAGCUGGAGAACUUUCUGCCCGUCGUAGAGGCUCAGUUGAAGAAGUACAACGAGAUCCAAUGCGACAAGCGUAAUACGUACAGGCGGAAAGUUAAGGAAGAGAAAGCCAAAGACGCUCCUCCGGAGGGCGAAGGCGAUGCAGAAGGCGCAGCGAGUGGUGUUGCAUCAAAGGACGGCGAAGUGGUCCCUGGCGCAAACGGCACUGCCAACGGCCACGCUGAUAUCGAGGAUGGUGAAAGACCUGUCAAGAAGCUCAAAGGCGAUGCCGGCGUUGCAAUGGCUCCUGGCGCAGAUGAUGCCGAUGACGAAGACAUGGCGGACGACCAAGAUGCUGACGCCAACGACGACGAAGAAGCGGCGGAUGAUGAUGUUGAAGACGAAGACGACGAAGAUCAGACCAUGGAGGACGCUCUCGAAGAGCAGGAGCCAGAAGAUGAUGACGACGACGAGCGUGGCGAAUUGAGAGACGAAGCACUGGACGAGCCGGACAGCGACUAA